AUGCUCACCAGAUCCCUCCAAUCAACCAAUCCCUCCUUCCUCCCCCCCAACAAGAACUCCCCCUCCAAGAAGCAGUGCCGCCACAAUUCCCCGCCCCUCUUCGACUGCGACUGCUUCCACUGCUACACCAGCUUCUGGUUCCGCUGGGACUCCUCCCCCAACCGCGAGCUCAUCCACCAAGCCAUCGAAGCCUUCGAGGACCACUUGAACUCCGGCGACUCUCUCAACAACUCCCCCAAGACCAAGCGCAGGGACAAAUUGGCCCGCCGCAACAAACCCCCAAUUUCCUCCCCGCCGGAAAAUCAAGAAAUUCCCAUCUCCUCCGCCGCGCCACCGCCACCGCCACCGCCGCCGCUCGAUGCUGAUGAAUUAGCCCCGGGAGUGAGUGGGGAGAAGGAGAUGGAGGACGACUGUGUGGCAGCGCCGCCGGCGAGGACGCAUAAAGGUUUGGCUAGGAAAGUGUUGCCGGACGUCAUGGGUAUAUUCAGUUCGCGUUUAUGGAGUCUUUGGAGUCCGAAUGUGUGA